AUGAAAGUUAUUUGUCUCGCGUUAGCCACCGUUGCUAUCGCCUGUCCCUGGGAUAAGUCGAUGGACGAGGUCGUCCAGAGCUGCGCAACCUGUGGCGAUGUUAAUUUCGACGACUUGGAGAGCCAACUCGGCGUUGUGCUAGGCUCAUUCUGUCGAGAGAUCCAAGAAGCUGGCUGCUGCAGUCCAUCCACUCGUUCCGUUCCAAUGUUUAAAAGGAACCCAAUUCUUUCUCUCUAUAAACGUAGUUUCCAGCCAAUCGGCAUUUAA